AUCCAAUCCAAUCCUAAGCCCUUUAGCUUGUUUUGUUCUUUGCAAUCGCGCGUGCACCCUUGCCGAAGCGUGGUGUUUUCUGUGAAUUUGGAUCGUAAUGUAUUUUCCAGGCUACGCUAACCUGACAUUUGACUAAACGCAGCUUUAGAAACAGUAGUAGGUGCACUGCGGAUCGUGCCAACAACACUCAGUAUGGGAAAACUGAACCUUACCUUGCUUCGGUACAUGUCGUCUGACGACUUCAGAGUCUUGACUGCGGUUGAAAUGGGCAUGAAGAACCACGAACUUGUGCCUGGGGCACUUGUGGCCACGAUUGCCAACCUGAAACAUGGUGGAUGUCACAAACACCUCCGAGAGCUGUGCAAACAAAAACUGCUGUCCUACGAACGUGGCAAGAGAUACGAUGGUUACCGGCUGACGAACACGGGUUACGAUUACCUUGCCCUGAAGACUCUCUGUUCGCAAGGAUUGGUGCAUUCCGUCGGAAACCAAAUUGGUGUAGGCAAAGAAUCUGAUAUAUACGUGGCAGCAAAUGAAAAAGGAAGGGACCUGGUGCUCAAGAUAAGCCGAUUGGGCCGAGUAUGCUUUCGCAAACUUAAAGAAAAGCGAGAUUACCACAAGCAUCGCAACAAGGCCUCUUGGCUCUACCUGUCAAGAUUGGCUGCUGUUAAGGAGUAUGCAUUCAUGAAGGCCCUUCAUGACAGGGGGUUUCCUGUACCUGAGCCAGUGGGCUUCAAUCGUCACUGCAUCCUUAUGGAGCUCAUCAAUGGGCACCCAUUGUGCCAUGUUCAUGACUUGGAAGAUCCAGCGCAGCUGUAUGACCAGCUCAUGGACCUUCUUGUUAAGCUGGGCAACUGUGGGCUCAUACAUGGAGACUUCAAUGAGUUCAACUUGAUGCUUAACAGCGAGGACAAACCCACACUGAUUGAUUUUCCACAGAUGAUGUCCACAUCCCAUCGCAAUGCAGAGUGGUACUUUGAUAGGGAUGUCAACUGCGUGAGGGAGUUCUUCAAGAAGCGCUUUGGUUAUGAAAGUGAGCUUUUCCCCAAGUUCAGCGACAUUGAGAGAGACGACACCCUUGACCUUGAGACAGCCGCCAGUGGGUUUUCAAAAGAGGUUAAGGAGGAACUUGAUGAGGCUGUGCAACAGAUGAAAGAAGAUUCGGAAGAGGAUUCUGGUGAUGAGGACAAGGACUCCUUGAAUGACAGAAAUGUACAUCAGCCUGGUCCAUCUGAGAAAGACCAUCGAACGGUCAAGGCAGCACAGAAGUCUGCAAGUUGCAUGAUGGAACGUUUCAUCACUGACACUCAUCUGCAGUGCAAGGAGAAGGAAAGCUCCCUGAAUGACCAAGAUAACAGUGACACCAUUCCAGAAGAUGGUUCAGAGACCAUUCCAGAAACGGAAAAAGACUCCUGCAAGGGGGAUGCCAGCGGAGAUGUUGAGCCAUCUCAGCUGUCUGAUGCCGACAUUUCCUCACUCUCGCUGGGAGAAUCGCGGGAGAAAACAACAGAUAAUGAAGAUGAAGAUGUAGUUCCGGAAUUGGUCCCAGGGGACAGAAAUGACCAACAGCCUGUGGAUGUACACACAAGGAGCGAAGACAGCAGAAGCAUUAGAACCUAUUACAGCAUGACAAGCUGCACUACAAUCGCACCUGAGGAAAUCAAAGCGCGUGUGAAGAAGCAGCUGACCAGCAAGGAGCGUGCGCGGAGCAAGAAGGUUAUUGUGAAGGGUGAGGCCAGUGCAGUGACUCGGCAAAGGCGUGACAACAGGGACACUGUGAAACAGGACCUCCAGUUCUGGGGGUGAAAUGGCAGUGCGGAGCUCACUUAUAAUAAAGAUAUUGCU